AUGGAAUCAGAUGAUAAGAGGGUACGCUUCGAUCCAGUCAUCGUGUUAUUCAAACAAAUGGAAAGAACGGGAAUGGCACAUGCUGCUGAUGAGUUUACUUACUCAUUCCUUCUUACGGCUUGUUCGCAGUCAGCGUUUUUACUGAGGGAAGGAGAACAGGUUCAUGCAAGGAUUUUGUUGAAAGGGUUGUGCUCCAACGUGAUUUUGCAGACUAAGCUGAUUAACAUGUAUGCCGUGGCUGGAGGUGAUAACGGUAAUGCAAGGGCUUGCGAAAUGUUUGGUAAAAUGACUCAAAGAAGUGUUGUGACAUGUAAUUUGAUGCUUUCGUUGCAUUUCAGGUCUGGUAGAGUAGGCGAAGCGCAGAAAUUGUUCCAAGAAAUCCCGGAGAAGAAUGUUGUUUCAUGGACAACCAUGAUUUCUGGUUAUGUGCGCAACGGGAGAUGUGAGCUAGCGUUGGCCUUGUUUUGUGAAAUGCAAAGAGCAGGUACUGAGCUGGAUCAGGUAGCACUGGUGGCAGCUUUAUCAGCUUGUGCCGAUUUGGGAGACUUGAAAUUAGGAAGAUGGAUUCAUUCUUACAUUGCGAAGGGUUCAGAUGGUAUAAACCUGCAGAAAUCUGUUUCUUUGACUAAUGCGAUAAUUCGCAUGUACGCAAGUUGUGGAGCAAUUGAAGAAGCUUAUAGAACAUUCAGAGGCAUGCCGCAUAGAAGUUUGAUUUCCUGGAAUACUAUGAUCGUAGGCUUUGCGAAACAAGGUUGCGGAGUGGAAGCACUAGGUGUAUUCAGAUGGAUGCUAACUGCGGGAGUGAGACCAGACGAAGUAACGUUUCUCGGUGUACUUUGUGCUUGUAGCCACACCGGGAUGGUCAAAGAAGGCCGUCGUUAUUUAGAUUACAUGAUUCUAUCUUGUGAAAUUCAACCUAACAUCAAACAUUACGGGUGUAUGGUCGAUCUAUUGAGCCGUGCGGGGUUACUGGAUGAAGCACAACAGCUCAUUCAGACGAUUCCAAUGGAACCAAAUGAUGUUAUAUGGGGUGCUCUACUCAGUGGUUGUAGGGUCUACAAGAACAUGGAGAUUGCAAAGUAUGCGGGAGACCACAUAGUUGAGCUUGAACCAGAUCGGGUCGCCGGGCAUCUAGUUCUCCUAGCCAACGUGUAUGCAUCAGCCAAGGAAUGGGAUAAUGUGGAGAAGAUUAAACAACGGAUGGUGAAGAAACCAUCCCGGCGAAGUUGGAUCCAAGUAAAUGGAGUGGUUCGUGAUUUUGUUGUAGGAGACUUGACGCAUGAAAAUGCUCAUGCCAUCUACAAUAUGGCGAGUCAAAUUGCUCAUCGGUCAGUCUAA